GGCCGCUGCGGUCCGAUCGCUGCUGAGCUCCUCCGUCACUCGCGCUCCACCUCCGGCCGGCCGACCCUGCCGCUGCCCCUGCCCCUGCCGCGUCCUCUCGCCCCCAGCAGCAGGGCCCCGCGGCCACGCUAGCCGGGACGCGGAAGGCAGGCCGGGCGGGUGCCGCCUGUGUGGGGCCGUGCGGCGGCGACUACUGCGGGCCGAGCCGGACAGCGCAGGACCAUGGCCGAGGCGGCCCCCGCUCCGACUUCGGAAUGGGACUCGGAAUGCCUCACGUCCCUGCAGCCCCUUCCUCUGCCCACGCCCCCAGCGGCGAGCGAGGCGCACCUGCAGACCGCAGCCAUCUCCCUGUGGACGGUAGUGGCAGCCGUGCAGGCCAUAGAGCGAAAGGUGGAGGUGCACAGCCGGCGACUCCUGCACCUGGAAGGGCGGACGGGGACGGCCGAGAAGAAGCUGGCCAGCUGUGAAAAGACAGUGGCUGAUCUCGGGAACCAGCUGGAGGGCAAGUGGGCCGUGCUGGGCACGCUGCUGCAGGAGUACGGGCUGCUGCAGAGGCGCCUGGAGAACCUGGAGAACCUGCUGAGGAACAGGAACUUCUGGGUCCUGCGGCUGCCCCCGGGUAUGAAAGGAGAUAUCCCAAAGGUGCCUGUGACAUUCGAUGAUAUCUCCAUCUACUUUUCCACUCCUGAGUGGGAGAAGUUGGAAGAAUGGCAAAAGGAACUUUACAAGAACAUCAUGAAGGGCAACUACGAGUCUCUCAUCUCCAUGGAUUAUGCCAUGAAUCAACCUGAUGUCUUAUCUCAGAUUCAGCCAGAAGGAGAGCAUAAUACAGAGGACCAGGCGGGGCCAGAGGAAAGCACCAUUCCCACGGACCCCAGCGAAGAGCCUGGCAUCUCAACAUCAGAUAUUCUGUCUUGGAUUAAACAAGAGGAAGAGCCCCAGGUCGGGGCCCCCCCGGAGUCCAAGCAGAGUGAUGUGUACAAGGGUCCCUACGCCGAUGAACAGCUCGUCAUCAAAGCCGAAGGCCUUACCAGGGCCUCCUUGUGCCCGGAGAUUCCAGUCCCCUUCCCUUCUCCACCAGCAGUGGCAGCAAAGGAUACUUUUUCAGAUGUGACUUUCAAAAGCCAGCAGUCUACGUCCAUGACACCUUUUGGGCGCCCGGCCACUGACCUGGCGGAAGCCUCUGAGGGCCAAGUGACCUUCACGCAGCUGGGCAGCUACCCCCUGCUGCCGCCAGCCGAGGAGCAGGCGUUCUCUUGCCACCACUGUGGCAAGAGCCUCAGCCAGGACAUGAUGCUGACCCACCAGUGUAGCCACGCUGGCGAGCACCCCUUGUCCUGUGCCCAGUGUCCCAAGCACUUUCCGCAGCCAGCCGAGCUCGGCAGCAACCCCCAGGCCCACGCCGGCGAGGCGCCCCCCACCUGCCCGCACUGCGCCAGGACUUUCACUCACCCCUCCAGACUCACCUACCACCUCCGGGUCCACAACAGCGCCGAGCGCCCCUUCUCCUGCCCUGAUUGCCCAAAGCGCUUUGUAGACCAGGCCCGCCUCACCAGCCACCGCCGGGCUCACGCCAGCGAGAGGCCCUUCCGCUGCACGCAGUGCGGCCGGAGCUUCAGCCUAAAGAUCAGCCUCCUGCUGCACCAGCGCGGGCACGCGCAGGAGCGGCCUUUCUCCUGUCCCCAGUGUGGCAUCGACUUCAAUGGCCACUCGGCCCUGAUUCGCCACCAGAUGAUCCACACGGGCGAGCGCCCGUACCCGUGCACUGACUGCAGUAAGAGCUUUAUGCGCAAGGAGCACCUGCUGAACCACCGGCGGCUGCACACGGGCGAGCGGCCCUUCAGCUGCGCGCACUGCGGCAAGAGCUUCAUCCGCAAGCACCACCUCAUGAAGCACCAGCGCAUCCACACGGGCGAGCGGCCCUACCCCUGCGCCUACUGCGGCAGGAGCUUCCGCUACAAACAGACCCUCAAGGACCACCUGCGUUCGGGCCACAGUGGAGGCUGUGGGGGCGAGAGUGACCCAUCCGGACAGCCGCCUGACCCUCCAGGUCCCCUCCUAACUGGGCUGGAAACCUCUGGCCUGGGCGUUAACACUGAAGGCCUGGAGGCCAGUCAGUGGUACGGGGAGGGGAGCGGAGGGGGGGUUUUGUGAACCUCCCUCCCUUCCUGGUUGUCCGUGCUCACCCAAGGGCCCCGCAGUAAUCGCUGUUGGCACAUUGGUGCGCUUGGGGUCCUACGCACUUGACUAGAGACAUGCCUGAGUUUGGGAACUUCAUAGCAUUGCAAGAACACCACACUCUGAAACCCAGAAAGGCCCGGAAAGGAGUCCGGCACCCCCAUCUUUUCAAAAAUGCGACCUAAGCAGACGUUGCAGGGAGAUAGGAAAGCAAGGUUUGGCCUCUGGUCGGUCGUCGCGGGGCAGUGGAUAGGGAACCGUGGCGGCUGUGGGUGGAGGCGGGUGCGUGGGACGGCCACCAGAGCUGGAAGCCCGCCCGGGGCAGAGCGAGUGUCACUGAGCCCUUCGUUCAUUUCCCGAUGCGAGACCGUUGUCACGAGAGAUCGGUCAAGCCUCAGUGCGUGCUCCUGCUCCUCCCGACGCCAGCUGACGUCCACUCGUGCUCAUGGACGCCUCUCCCCAGAUGACAGCUCAGUAUAGUCUCCCUAGGUUUCCUAGGCUAAUUCCUUUAAGUACAUUAUGUUAAACGUUGGGUGAGUAAGAAAUUUGAAAGCUUCUUAAGGAGAACAGCCCUUAACUUUUCACCAGCUUGAUUUGCAGCCUUCAGCCUUGCUGGCAUGUACGCUGCUGGAGACCUCUGCCCAGGCCCCGGCUAGGAAGCUGGGAGCGGGGUUCUCCACCCCAGCUUCAAAAGCUAGAGGUCCCAGAGAAAUGGCAGCACAGCCUAACAGCUGUGCCUGACACAUUUCUUCGAGUCAUUUAUUUCAAAUUCUUUAUUAUUUAUAAGUCAGUAGAUGACUUUUCCAUUUCUGGUGUCUGAUGUUCUUGAGAGUCCUCAGCAGAAAAGGCUACAGCACUUUCCAGAAGUGUUAGGAGUUUCAGAGAGUGCCUGUGGACGCCCAGCUCCCGCUCCCCGGCAGUGAGGUGCUAUCGCGGUGCGCAGCUUUCUCGAGCCCCCGGAGUGGGCUCGCCCGUCUGGCCGUUCCCGCGCCGGCAGGGGCAGGUCACCGAGAGCCAGGCCACAGGCAGGGACGGCCUCCACCUGCUGAUCAUGCUUGUAGGGACCUUGGCUGCCGUGUGUCCUUUUGUCGCGGUCAUUCAGCCACCUGGGAGCAUUUGAGUCUUUCCUGCACCAAAGUAGCUUGGCAAUUGGGUGUAAGUCCCUUUCUUUCCUUUUAUAGAUCUCAGAUUUUUGUCUGCAAAAUGAGGCUGGUGAAAGGGAAAAAGUGAGUUUCUAAGGAAAUUUUUUUUAAAUCUUGUGAUACAUUCCUCCUCCUGCCAAAAUCCUAUCUUUGCCUCUGGCUUCUACCCAGGCAACACCAAAUAAGCAGCAGAAUCAAAGCAGACACAUUCCUGCUGAAACUUGACUGAAAUCAGUUUGGGUUGUUUUAUUCUCGCUUUGAGCCUGGGGUGGAAGACAGAGAGUGCAGCGGUGCUAAGUCCUAGGCAGGUGGGCUGUGUACUGCCCACACUCCUGUUCCCCCUGAGUCCAUCUGAGCUGCCUCCAAACAAGGUCCGGGAGCAGGUAGGACACUUAGUUGACGAAAUGGCGAGGGAAGGACCCGUGUUUUCCUUAUCACCUAGCUCACCCUUGACCCCGCUUGGUUGUAUAUAACCACCCUGGGAAAAAGCACUUACCCAGCUAGCUUUGCUCCUGGGAAGGCUCUGCCUGAACGUGCCGUUCUGCAGGACGAUCGCACUUACAACGUCUGCCCUGUGCCACCCACAACGCCAGGGACCACGGGAGAGAGACCUCAGCAGUGUGUGUGAGACCGUAACCUGGAGUCUGAAGGUGGUGGAGAAAGCCAAGGGUGUAGAACAGACCAAGACAGAGGAGGAACAGAAUGCUGGCGUGUCGGGGGCUUUCUAGCGGGGACCUGGACUCGUGCUCUGAGAAAAUUGGGGGUUCUGGGAGUUCUAGUUGCACGGUGACCCACUGGGAACCUGAGCGGGGUCCAGCUGGGUUUGCAGCUGGGCCUCCCUCAAGAAAAGGUGGAAGAAUCAAAGCACUACCUUUGGAUGGUGCGUUCCCUUUCUGAAGGGGUUGGAGCGUUUGCCAGGGUAUGCACCAGAGGGGCUUCUAGGUGUGACGCUGGACUAGGUGGCUUGGGCGAUGAGCGGUUUACUGAAGACGCCGAGUUUCCCAGUGACAGAGACCCGGGGGUUAAAGUGCUAGAGGUAGUUCCCACAAGCCCUCCCGCGAGGGGCUGCCGUCAGCAGGGUCCCGCAGUCCCACAAGAAGCGAACACGGUUCCCGUACCAGUGAAGCCAGAGCCGUGAAGCUGAGUGAAAGGGAGAGGGCAGGGCCACGUCAGAAAGGGGGAGGUCGGCGUGGGCCUGGCCUUGGCCCGGGCGCAGGCCAGGAGUUCGGCUGUGGUGCAUUCUGGUCUUCUCUCCCUCCACCGGCUGGAACUCCAGGCCAGCUCCAAGUUAGAGAGUUCGUUUGCCCGGGAUUCCAGAACGGAUAAGGGAAAUGGAUCGGUGGGAAGAGAAAGCCCAACAGAAAGGUUUCCGUGUGCGGAGAAGUGGGGUCCGUCAAGGGCUCCCGAGAGCAGCCGCACGGGUACCCCAGCAGUUAGACGAGCACCUGUGGGUGGGUGGUCAGGAGCAGGCGCGGGAGGAAAGAGGGAACGCCAGGGCGAGCUCGUCCGUGCGCCCUCUGGGCGAAGGGUCGGUGCUGUGCCGUCGAUCAGAGUGGAGCCCAGCGUUGACUGCAGGACCAGAUUCACCCUUUGCUCCCUAGGUGUUCCGUUGUCGCCACGAGAUGAACCUCUGGUUCAGCCGCAGAUGUGAAAAUAAAUGGAAGUCGAUUGUCUAGAA